AUGCCUAGCACGAGGCCUACAUCACGUUUAUCAAACAACCACCCGCAAGGCACUUCCGCCUCAACGAACGCUGCAACCAACCCCAGCCGCGCAACCAAUUCGCCGCCCAACAUCGGUGCAACCCAACCCUCAACCAGUGCCACCGUAAACCAACUGCCCCUAGAAUGUCUGGGAAUGAAGAUUCAUCAGGUUCUUGAGGAGCAAAAGAUAAUCGCAGCUGAGCAUGACUCGCUUGUGAGCAAGUGCAACGACUUUAUGGAGUUUAUGCGAUCAGCGGAAGCCAAACUCAAGGCCAACAACAUUGCCUCAGACCUCGAUUUCAAAUUCGAACUACUGGAGGAGAAAUACAACAAACUACAGGCAGAUUUGAUUGCUGCUACAAGCAGUGGUGCUCUCCUGGGGCAUCCCAACGAUCCGAGUUCAGCCCCACGACCCAGUACUAACGCACAUUGCAAGACCGUAACACUUCACAGCAACCUCACCAACGAAGAGCUCACUUUCCAUGCGACACCGCUCAACAUGUACAUAAUGGCCGAAUGUAUGGCGGUCAAGAUUCAAAAGAAGCAGAUAACCAGCAUGCUUAACCACUUCAAGGAGCUGGAGAAGCUGGAGGCAACCGUGUCUACCCAUGGCCAGCUGCUCAACGAUUUGCACGACCGCGUAUAUAGUAUCGGCAAGUGGGUCAAGCGGAUGCUGGUACCAACAGUCUCGAGACUUUGGAGCUUUUGGCAACCACAACAAGAAGAGGGCACCUUCGAGAACCUCUGUCGGCGCCUCGAAGCCGGCUCUGACUUCUCAACGAAGCUCUGGGACACGGGUUUAGUCGAAGACGAAGAGGAAUUUUUCGCUCCUAUGCCUAUGCCAGCCCACGAACACCCCGAUGUGUCAACCACAGCUCAACAAGCCGCCAACGCAGCAAACGAGUCUGAGCAGGAGGCCAGCGUACAGGACUCGGACGAAGCCCAUGGAGGUGUAAUUUUGCACGAGUCGGAGGCCAUAAAUGGUGUCGAAAACGUCUGA